AUGUGGCAGAUGCUGGACAAGUUCUGCGCGGAGGUCGUUGACUCCUUUUCCGACGAGGAGUCUGAUCAAUCUAUGCAGACAUUGGCAACUACUGCUGCCUCCAUGAUCCACGAGUUCAAUUCAAACCAGGGGCCGGUGCACCGAGGCUCUGUCAAGGGCCGCUCAAAAAACCUGCCACGCAACAGAGUGGAAGGGCAGCUCCGGCUCCACACAGACUAUUUCCACCUCACCGAUCCGGUGUACAAGGAAAAAAUGUUUCGACGCCGGCUCAUGCAAGACAAAACUCCCCGGGUGAGCUACGAGGUCAAUGGAAAUGAAUAUGACAAGCCAUAUUAUCUUGCUGAUAGCAUAUACCCUGAUUGGGCUACACUGGUGAAGACUGUCCGUUGCCGGUGUCAGAUGGCCUGGAGCCUGGCGAAACCGCAGGGCCUUUUCCGUGCCCAGCAGCAAACGGCGCGAGUAGCGGCGCGCGACACCGUGUGGCGCCGCUGUGCUGCUCUGCUGAGUUUCUUCGUUUCAAGAAAGCGCUGA